AACCCGGGGGAACCUGGCAACUGAGGGAACCCGGGGGAACCUGGCAGCAAACCUGGCAGCCCUGGGAACCCGGGGGAACCUGGCAGC